CCAGAAUGCCUGGGGUACUUCAUAAAGUGUCUAAGCGAACACAAAAUCCUGAUGUCUUCGGUCACAUCCCCGGAAUACCUGUGGGAGAGCGCUGGGAAUCAAGGCAAGCCUGCAGCGACGCUGCCGUGCACCCCGGAAUACUGGCCGGGAUAUACGGUCGCAAAGACACUGGCGCGUUCAGCGUCGCGCUCUCGGGAGGAUAUGAGGACGAUGUCGACUACGGAUAUAAAUUUACGUAUACUGGAUGCGGGGGACGCGACACUGGGGGCGACAAGAAGGUCCCCCAGCUCCGAAUGGGUCCUCAAGUGGUUGACCAGACAUUCGAAGACAAUCCGCGCAACAUGGCAUUGAAGGUGUCCUCCAUGACGGGAAAGCCUGUCCGCGUCGUGAGAGGCUUCAAACUCGAGUCCGACUGGGCGCCUGCAGACGGGUACCGCUACGAUGGACUGUACAAAGUUAUAAGAGCAUGGCGUGAGCAGGGCCGAGCAGGCCACCUCGUCUGCAAGUACGAAUUUGUCCGCCUCCCCGACCAGCCGCCCAUUCCGCGUCGCGAGGGCAACUGGAAGCUCAAGCUGCCCAAGAAUCGCAAUGCGAAACGCCGGGAGACCACCCCGAUCCCUGAGCCCAAGUUCGAGGGAAUACCUGUGGCAGGUCCAUCGACGGCUCGUAGCCGCGGUCCGCUGCACCCUGCUGUUGGCAUAAUCAGGCGGCCGCUACCUGUGAGUGACGAGGACGAUGAGGACGACGACGUAUACGCUUCGGAGACUCAGUCAGAUGAGGACACGGUGGCCUCAGCGUCGAAGCCACACGUCGCGCAUCGUGCACAAGUUGAGCUACCGCAUCGUGUCGUUCCGGCUGGCUCUGCCACUGCUGCUCGCCGGGAGGACGCACCAUCUAUGGGCAGAACUCGCAUUCCGGAUGUCCAGGCUCGGCGUCCCAUGCCACCCGGGGCACCAGUCCCCACGUCUGGCGCACGGCAGGAUGCCCGAGAGUCUUCAAUACUCCAGCGCACCCCUGAUGUGCCGCGGCGUCCCUUGCCUGCAAGUGGCACAUCUACGCAGACAGCAGUGCGGCCCUCGGUGCCCAAGCCUGCCGCCUCAACGCGCCGGCCACUGCCCCUCGUCGAGAUAGCGUCGCCCCCCGCGCAGACAUCAUUCCCGUUGAAACGUACGAUCCUGCUAAAGUUCAAGAAGUACCCCAAGCCGUCGACAGAUGGCACGGAUGGCGAGCCGUCGUCUAAGCGCCCGCGGGUGGACAGCAAUGGCAAUGCCCGUAUUUGAUGUAGUGUUUAACGAGCCCUAUAUUUACACCGUGCUGCGUGUUUUGUUUUAUCCAAAAAAAGUGUAGCUUUUAUGCGAGCAUCACUCGCGAGGUGGCGGAGAACACCGUUCAUGUACUAAUUUCAUGAAAGUCCCUUCAAUUGCUACUUACGUGCUAUGCGACAUGAG